CGGCAAGCAACGGGGCCCUGCCUCCUCAGCGGCCGCCAUCUUGUUGUUGAUUCGAGCGGCAGGCAGCGGGCGGCGGGGAGCGACGGAGCUGGGGGGCUCGGUGUCGCCAGCCCCCCGGCUGGGCAGGCAGAGCUCGGCUCUGAAGCUGCUGGCAGGAAGGAGCUCCAGGCACCACGGUGGUAACAUGAAACCAACAUGGUGAGGAAGCCAGUGGGGUUGGGGGCCCUUCCUGCACACAUCCCUGUAGAGGAAGGGGUGUGGGCAGGCUGUGGUAAGACUGCCUGUCCCAAUGCUUACCGGGAGCUGUGCUGGUGGAAGGUGCCAGCUUGCUGUCCCUGGAGAUGGAUGCGCUCACUCAUUUAGUGGUCUGCGGACCUGGACCUUAACCAACAACCUUCCAUUGGGUUUCCAGGCUGACUUGCUUCUGGCAGCCUGCUCCCUCUUGAUUGUGCGAGGUCGGCUCCAUAUUCCAGUGACUGUUCAACAGAAAGAACUUGGAUGACUUCUUCAAGCACUGCAGAUCCUGAGGGCUAGCCGCAGUCCUGGGAGCUGCAGCAAGACGAUACUGGAAAGACGGACUUGUGUAGACUACUUACAACGAAGAUCAUCAUAAGGAAGCAAAUUGCCAGAAUUUCUUAGCUGUUGGCUGUCUGUCACUUGCCAAGCUGCCCCUCCCAGCCCAUGUGGCUCUCCCCAUGCUCCAAGAGUGCAACUGGUGCCCAACGCAAUGUGUGUUUGUCAAACCAUGGAAGUGGGCAAGUAUGGCAAGAAUGCCACUCGAUCCGGAGACCGAGGGGUCCUGCUGGAGCCUUUCAUUCACCAGGUUGGUGGCCACAGCAGCAUGAUGCGCUAUGACGACCAUACUGUCUGCAAGCCCCUAAUUACCAGAGAACAGCGCUUCUAUGAAUCUCUGCCCCCGGAAAUGAAGGAGUUCACACCUGAGUACAAAGGUGUGGUGUCUGUCUGUUUUGAGGGAGACAGUGAUGGCUACAUUAACCUGGUGGCAUAUCCUUACGUGGAGAACGAGGCUUUGGAACACGACGAUAUGCCAGAGAGGGACCAGCCGCGACGCAAGCACUCGCGUCGGAGCCUUCAUCGAUCAAGCAGCGGCACUGAGCACAAGGAGGAAAAACCUGGCCUGGCCAGUGAUGGCACUGAAAGCAGCAUCCAGGAAACGAAGAGUCCCAGAGUGGACUUGCACAUCCAUUCAGAUGUUCCAUUUCAGAUGUUGGAUGGGAACAGCGGUCUGAGCUCUGAAAAGAUCAGCUACAACCCCUGGAGCCUGCGCUGUCAUAAGCAGCAGCUGAGCCGCAUGCGAUCGGAGUCCAAGGACCGAAAACUCUAUAAGUUCCUUUUGCUGGAGAAUGUGGUGCAUCAUUUCAAGUUUCCCUGUGUACUUGAUCUGAAGAUGGGGACCAGACAGCACGGAGAUGAUGCCUCUGAGGAGAAGGCUGCUCGGCAGAUGAAGAAGUGUGAACAGAGUACUUCUGCCACCUUGGGUGUGCGCGUGUGUGGGAUGCAGGUCUAUCAGCUGGACACAGGGCAUUACUUAUGCAGGAAUAAAUACUAUGGACGCGGUCUUUCCAUCGAGGGCUUCCGCAAUGCCCUCUAUCAGUAUCUCCACAAUGGCCUAGAGCUGCGCAAGGACCUCUUUGAGCCUGUCCUCGCCAAACUCCGAAGUCUGAAGGUGGUUUUGGAGAGACAGGCCUCCUACCGCUUCUACUCCAGCUCCCUUCUCAUCAUUUACGAUGGGAAAGACAGCAGGGCAGGGAUGUUUGUGGAGCGCCGGGCAGAGAUGCGCCUCAAGCGGGUAGACAGCUCUCUCCCUGAGAGCCUUCAGGAUGGCAGCAGCACAGAGCCCAGCUCCUUGGCCCAGCCCAAGGUGGAUGUGCGUAUGAUUGACUUUGCACACAGCACGUUCAAAGGCUUUCGUGAUGACCCCACUGUGCAUGAUGGACCUGAUGUGGGUUAUGUAUUUGGGCUGGAAAGCCUCAUCAACAUCAUGGAACAGAUGCGUGAGGAAAACCAGUAGCUUUGGGCUACAGCCUCUCAUUCUUGUCCUGGUGGCAGGAGCAAAUAAGACCACCUACUGCCACAGGAGAAAGCAGACAACUUUGGUUUUAAACAAUUGUAUUGCUCCAUUGUUUUUAAAUGUACUUGGAUAGAAGAGCUAAGGGGAGGCAGGAUGGAAGAGCUCCUCAUGCCUACCAGAUGGCUUUGACCGCACUAGCUCUGCCUUCUGGAGGAGACUCCAUAGAUACCUGCUGGGCCCUGGGCGUCCUGGGGCUUCGCUCGUCGCGUGUGCGUUCUGGAGGGAGGACCUGGACAUAGGGAAGAGAAAGCAGGAGAGAGCAGGGCUCUUCAGGGGGCUGGAGAGGGCUGGAGCUCUGGCUUGGGGAGCCUCUUGCCUCAGGAGCCCCCAGGAGAGCUUUUAGCUUGAAGAAACUCUCCUGGAUGAUCUGGAAAGGGUGCUUGAGUAAAAGUCAGCAGCAUCUGUGGGGCUGACAGCGAGCAGUGCACUUGUGCCGCUCUGCGUGUUAGUGUUUGGUGUCUCUAGCUCUGCCCUGGGCAUUGCCAGCCAGGGGCUCUGCUUCUGAUGCUGCCUUUUUCUUAUGUUUGGGCACUGUGAAUAAUCAACCCCCAGCGUGACCAAAUGCAACCUGUGGCAGAGCUGUGGCAGGGAGGAAGUGCCACGCGCUUUGAGUUGCGCUCGAGCCCGGGGCCUGCUCGCCUCCCCUGCCAUCUUGUGCAGCUCCAGGGGGUGGGGUGGCACAGGCAGGCCUGCAUGCAGGCAAGCACGGGGGCUCUGCGAGAGUAACUCUGCCUUGGACCACUGACAAGCAAGAACUCAGCUCAUGGGCUAGCAAUAGUAUCUGUAGCAAGUUAAUGUGACCCCAGCAGCGCAGUGGGGCAUUUUGGACCAUUUCAGUCUUUCCCCUUGUGUAAUGUUUGUCUCGCAGAUUGUUGGCAAGUUUCUCCCUAGCGACACAGAGCUGAGGUACUGCAGCCGAGACCGUCCUCUUCCUGGAGCUGGGCUCUUCUGACCAGUCCUUGCACUGGGAUAGCGAAAGAGAAGGCUGAGGGUUAGUGCCAAACCCCUGUUCUUGCCCCUGAGACUGUCCAGUGGGGUGGGUGAGCAAGGGGGACCUUGGCUGAGUGGUGAUUGUUGUCUCUUGACUGCUUAAGCUUUACUGAAGUCAGUCUUUCCCCAAAAUAAUCCCUUUGUGGAUGGAAGAGGUGACAAGCUGGGGCACGCGUUGCUGCCCGGCCUAGCUCCCGUGGCUGGUGCUUCACUCAUCGGCUUCCCUUGAGGAGGGCAUUACACUGGCCUGGUUGUGCUGAGCUUAGCUGUGCCCCAGGUCUGCAGCACCCAAGUGUGUUUCUGUGCUGGUACUCCCUCGUUGCUCCUUCUGUGGUGUCAUUCUGGCUUGUUCCAUGACAUUACAGUGACUGGCUGAGAAACUUUACCUGGGUAUCUGCAAAGCCAGGAUUUUUUUCAUUCAGGAAAGCGUCUUUUGGAGAAUACUUGCCCUGCAUGUAGCAUGCGUACAGGCUUUGUGUGUGGGCAGUCUGCUUGGUGGGUCUGUUUGUGCUCAGGUCACCACCAGCUGUGACUGCUGCAGCAGGUGGAGGUUUGAGGCGCUGGAUGUGGGAAGGGGCAGGGGACCUGCUAGGUUUUGUCCUAAAACAUACCUCUGCCUGUUGCCCAGCUGUGUGAAAGCUGCUGGUCCCCUCCAGCCUUCUGGAUGAGGAUGCUUAUUUGCGCCACUCUUCCCUUUGCUAGGUCACUUCUUCGUUACUUCUGUGAGCAGCUGCACAGCAAGGCAGGGCUCCCGCGAUUUUCAGGAGGAAGGUUUGCAAGAGGGAGUGAAGUGUUCAAACAGCUGGAAUAAAAGAUGCCACUAGAAAAGCCACAUUAACGUCCUUGGCUCUGCCUGACCCUAGUGCAGUGAGAGGGCAGGUUCAUGCAUUGCAGCCAUCUGCAUUAAUGUCCUCGCCUCGUUUUGCCCAGGGGAAGGCAGGGCGAGCAGGGCAUUCCCUUCUGAGGGAACACCUCCACGUAGUGCAAAUACUGAUUUUUCAGCAUUCCCUUUUGCCACUUAUUGCAGUCAUAGGUGCUUGUUGCACUUACUGCCCUCCAAAAGCCUCUUGAGGCUCACUCCUCCCCCAUGGCAGUCCUAGCACCGAAACUGUAACUGUGCUGCUCCUUUUGGCUUCUGCGUGCGUGAUGUAUCUUGGGUUUAGUUCAGUGUCACAUCCCUUCCCCCCAGGGCAUGUUCUCCCCAUUCAGACUGAAGAAGCCAGGCUGGACCGUAAGGGAGCGUGUGUUUUCUGGGUGCAGCAUCUUUGGUAGAGGUGAGAUGGGAGGGGACGCAGCAUGCUUCCUGUGCUCCUUUGGAGCUGCCUUUCGGAUUCCCUUUGGACCAUUGAGAUGAGAGUUCCACAGCUUGUAAAUAGCCUUGGAAACGGUUUGUUUUUACAUGAGUAAUCACCCUGUUUGUGUUUCACGGAGAACCAAAAAAAAAAAAAAAAAAAAUUAAAGGAUCUGUUUUCGUCCGUGUUGUGGCAUUACUGCAUUUCCACGUGGUGUGAUCAUAAAGCACAGCCUUCUCUGGUAGCAAUAAGUCCUCCAAGCUUCCACGCAAGAGGACAUGCUUGAAUGGGCUUGGGACCUUGCCUUCCACAUUGUCUCGAGAGGUCUUGGGCUGGAUGGCAGACCUGCGGAUGGUUUAAAUUUUGUAGGUGCUUGUGUUUGUUGUCUGGUUUAGUGUACAGUUACCUGUUUUGCUUCCCACUUGUAGGUAAUCACAAUCAUUGCACUCCUUGGUGGGGCAGGAGAAGCUGGAAUAGCCUGGGAAAAGCUGAGGAGAGCAAUGAAACAGCGUUACGGAAGGUGGCGAGUCUGUCUCAUUUCCUUUGCACUGAGAGCAGCCAUGGAGCUGGUGGUGCAGCCCAGCUCUGGGUGAGAAAUGGCUGUUUAGCAGUGCAGGGGGACCUGCUCUUCUGCAAUAAAGCACAGAUGAACUCA